GCUGUUGUACUGUGCCUGUGAUUCCAGAUCUACCUAACAGGGCUGUCAAGGAUUAAAGAUCCUGGAGCAAUAACCCAAGCUUUUGGAAGCUUGGACUGGCAGUCACCUGCAGUUUCUUCAGUCAUGAAGAGCUGAGCCUGGGUCCAUCUUCUCAUUUCCCCAAGUUUCCAAGCAUAUUGGAAAUGGAACAAAACAAAAAGUCCCCCAAGAGGCAGAAACUCCCAGGAUCAGUGGGGCAGGAGCCUUCUGUGAGCACCAGCUCCCCUGUGACCAGACCCAAGAACCCAGUUGUCACCUUAGCUUAUCCUAGACCUGACUUCAACACCAGAGCUACCAAUGCCCCCACUAGAUUUGACUGGGCUGCCGGGGCGGGCCUGCCAGAGACUCAGGUCAGACUUGAGUCUCUGGACAUAAAGAAUGCCAUCAAUGGACAGAAGAGGAAAGUCAGACCCUCCUCCGUCUCUCAAAAGAAUUGUGGAAGAGACUUAACCUUGCAAAGGAGUAGCCCUUGCCCUCUGCCAAGUGCCACGUUGGUUCCUUCAGCAGAUCUAGACCAAGUUUUCCUGGAGAAGCAGGUAGAAGAAGCCCUUAGCUCAACUACCUGCCGUGGGAAGAGAAAAACACGUUCUCUGGGGAGAUCUGGACUUCACUCUGCUGCCUCCCGGGCAAAGUGCUGGACUAACCCUGGUCAGAGUAAGCCAAAAGGAGACUCUGGAAUCUGUAGCCUCAAACUUGUGCCUAGGCAGGAGCCGUCUGUGUGGCCUGAGAAGAGAAGGGUGUCUCAGCAGAAGGCCUGUGCACAGAGAGAGGAAGGGGAGAAGGCAGUGAAGAGGGCGAGGUCUUUGCCACUCAGUGCUGGCCGGGGGUCCUCUACCCCAACUCUGGUCCAGUCCCUCCAUCCUACCCGAGUGACCAGCCCUAACAGGUCGGAGGUAGACCUCCAGUCCAGGGAGGAUGAGACAAGGCAACCUGACAUCCUCACGGCCAGUCUGGCUGGAGAUAUGCAACUCUUUAAGAAGUAUAAGAAAAAGCAUUUGCUUCCUGGUGUGAGAAAGAAAUCAGGGCCCCAGCCAAGCCUGCAGAAGCCCUCUUGCUUGAAGAAUCUGGGCAGACCCAUAAAGGCAGAAACCCAUGGCUUGGGUUCUGCCCCACAUUUCCCAGGCCCUCAGCACAGCACAAUUCUGAAGCCCAUUCCAGACAUCAGGCAGUUUUUUAUCGUUGACCUGAAGAAUACCUGCCGAAUCUUCUGUAUUCUAUGUCAGACCACUGUCAGGCAGCGCAAAACUCAGGGGUGGUCUCGUGUCUCAGGCCUGGUCCGUCACUUGGUCAAAAAGCAUGGGCUGGAGUGGGAGAGGAGGUCCACAGGUAGCUCAGUUGAGGGGAUGGGAGGGGUAGAACAGGUGCAGUGGAAGGCCUUGCCCACUGGUGCUGCUAGCCCCGCCUUACAGGGGUGUCUAACACCCAAACAGUAUCCAGACAGCCUACCCUCUAGAGACAGUGACACAGAAUUGGUCCUGGGCAGACCUGAACAGCUGUGCCUGGCCUCACCUCUGCCUAUUACCCCCACAGCAGUCAGGGACAGCCAGGAUGGCACACACACCCCAAGUCAGCUCCGUGCACAGUCUUGGAAUCACAGCAUCACAGAACUUCUGUGUAGCUUGGCCUUGCCACUGUCCUUCAUCUCCUCCCAGCCUUUCAGGAGGUUCAUGUCCCAGGUGGACCCUUGCUAUCAUCUACCCUCCCCAGGGUUCUUCUCUGACAGAGCCUUGCCCCUGCUUCAUGAAGCUGUGGGUGAGCAAGUGCUCCAGGAGAUGCAGUGGGCUGGUGGGGCCCAUGUUCACCUCACUGCUUCCACGUCUGCCCAGGACUCGGUGAACUAUGUGGCUGUCACUGCCCAUUGGGUCCCAGAUGGCAGACCUGUGACUUCGGGGAGCCUGAGGAAGCGAGCUGUGCUCUUGGUCCGAGGCUUGCCUCUGGAGAGAGCCGAAGAGGACAGGUAUUCGGAGCUGCUGGAGCAGAUCAGCUUAUGGCUGGGCCGGGGCUCCCUGAAGGCCAGCUUCCUGGUUUCCGGUGGCUGUCCUAGCCUGGAGCGAAUGGCAAAGGCUGAGGGUUACAUCCAUGUACCUUGUUUUAUCCACUGCCUUGACUCCCUGGUGAAUGACUUUCUGUGUAAUCAUAAUAGUGUCCAGAUUGUCCUAGGAACCGCCAAGGCCAUCUUUAGCCAUUUUAAAGGCUGCCUGGAGGCCCGGAGGCUCCUUGGCCAGCUCCAGCAGCAGUAUGGCCUCCCAGCCCAGCAGCCCUUCAGUGAGCUCUCAGACCACUGGGUCUCGGCUUACCACUUGAUGGAGUGGGUGUUGGAGCAGCAGCAGGCCUUGCAGGCGUAUGCAGAGAAGCAGCAGCCAGGCCAGGCCAGCACUGCCCUGUCAGCCAUGUUUUGGAGCCUGGCUGACAGUCUGGUCAAGCUUCUGCAGCCCUUUGAGAUGGUGUCCCGUGAGGCCAGCACAGCACAGGCUUCCUUAAGCCAGGUGCUGCCCCAGCUUCGCUACCUGCACAUCUUCCUGGAGCAGGUGCACAGGUACUUCAUAGAGCAGAGCAGUGGAGAGGUGGAUGUAGCCUUGCGGCUAGCUGAGGGCCUGGCCCUGCAGCUGUCCACUGACUGUCAGCUCAAUGAGUUGUUCUACCGUGAGGAGUUUGUGCUGGCCACCUUGCUUGACCCCCGCUUCAAAGGCAGGGUUGAGGCCAUCCUGCCUGUUGGGGCUGACAUUGACCACUGGAAGCAAGUCCUUGUUUACAAGGUGAAGGAGAUUAUGGUAUCUGAAUGCCCCUUGCCCACUUUAGGUACCCUACAGAGUUCCAAGGGCAAAUGUAUGGGCAUUACCAGAACAACCAGGAGCCCUGCGGCCAACAGGAAUGGCCAGGGGCAGUCUUCCCAGAAAGGUGGUGAUGCAAGCACAUGCCUGUUGGUCCAGAGAGAGAAGAGUUUAUUGCAGCAGCUGGAAAGUGUGGGCCUGCUGGCAUCUGAGAAUAGCGGGGCCUCGCUCUCCACUGAGAAUCACAUGGCUAGUGUCAUUGUCAAGAAAUACCUGCGAGAGAAUGAGACCAUUGGGGCCCAGGAGGACCCCCUGGCUUACUGGGAGAAGAAGCGUGAAGCCUGGCCAGCCUUGGCCCGGCUGGCCACCGUCUAUCUGUCCUGUCCACCCACAGGAGCCUCCUCUGAAGGCGUGUUUGCCUCCCUGAACAGCCCCACCAUGAUAGAACCAAACUCGUCUCUCAAGGUGGAGGCUAUUGAGCACCUGCUCUUCCUAAAGACCAACCUGGAGAGCUUCCCUCACUAUACCCCUCCACCCCUUGUCUUUGCCAGUAAUGGUGUAGGUGAGGGAGAGCACCUGUAGCACAUCUGUUCUGCCAAGGUGGGUGCCUGGAGCCUCAGAAACUUGGAGGUACAGUCGACAGACUGCAGCCUCCAGAACCUUCCAGGGACCCUGCAGCAGGCACAGGUGAAGAGCAGACUGCGGAAUUUCAGUGAUCUUAAACCUGCCUGGUGGGAGUGAAGACGGCCUCCUCAUCCUUCACAGACUGCUGUUUUGGGGGCUUGGGCGGGGAAAUGGGCGAAUGAAGUCAAUUUCCACCCACCCCCUCGCCUCAUUGAUCAUUACCCUCUAGUAUGUGUACAGAGGAGGUUUACUGGGUUCACAUGUGGCUGUGGGUUGUAGUGUGCAGGUUUUUGUUUUUUAGUCAUCUCAUGUAGUGCAGGCUGACCUCACACUGUGUAGCUGAGAAUGACCUUGACCUCUUGACUCUCUCUAGUUGGGAUUGCAAGAGUGUGCCACUGUGGUGUUGCAAUCAAACCCAGGGCUUCAGAGUGCUAGGCAUGCACUCUGCCCACUGCACUACCUCCCCAGCCCUUUUAUUGUGAAGUUUUAUAUACUGCAGUGCUAUAUCAAAAUAUUAGCAGGUAUUAAGGACCCAUGUUUAUGUGGAUGCCUGCCUUUACCCAAAGCAGCCAGGAACAAUAGAAGCAGGCUGGAGGGUGGGAUAUGAACUGGGUUCCAGAGAGCCUGUGGGAGCUCCUACUGCUCUUCUGAGGCUGCUGUUAAGAAAGGAAGAAACUCAGGGAGAGCAGCCAUGAGACAGUCUUGGGGAUGUCAGACUGGCCAGAGAAUGACAGAGCCUCGGUACCUAGUCCUCAAUUUGUAGCUUUUAGCAGUAGGUGACUGAGUGUUGUGUCUGCCAUCAUCUGUUGCUGGACACUUGGCCAUUUUUAGAGUAGACCUCUGAUUUGGAAGAGGGAAAGGCGUGUACAGAACCUGGCUGAUAAGAGGUGGCCAAAUACUGUAGUGCCAAGUAUAAGACCUGAGGACCAGAUUUCAAGAAUGACAGAGGGAAGAGAGUUUGGGGCAGACCCAGGGCACUCAGCAGGCCUGACUGAAUAGCCUGAGGGUACUUGGUCACUGGGCAGGGUGCUUCUGAGAUGGUUGGAAGUUGGGGGCAAGCUCAAGGCUCAACCCAGCUUCUCGCUGGCCUAGCAGCCCUGGAGUUCUGUCCGUGGCCUCUCCUAGAUAGUGUUAAUCAGGUUUCAGUGGCUGUGGCUGCUGGAAAAUCACUGGGAAUGUCAGGAGCAGGAAAGGUUAGCCUUGAUCCUGUCACUCAGAGACAAUGCUUUGACAUAGUCCCCUUUUUACAUUGAGAUAACACUUGAUAAGCCUCUUAGUGGUGUCUAUUUUAACAAUAAACAGUAGCAUCUUGUAAUUCUGCAAGUGACUCAAUGGCUG